AUGGAGGGCACAAACGCCAUACGAUUUGCGCUUCGCAACUGGGACAAAGACUCCUUGCUUCGGGCGUGGUUUGACCACUUCGAUGAUGACCGCAAUGGAUUCCUAGAAAAGGAUGACUUUUUACUCGUUAGCGAUCAGAUCACUCGCUCGGACCCGUAUGAGCUGUGGGCAGCCCUAGACUACGACAAGACUGGGUAUGUCAGCCUCCGAGAGAUUAGUGAGGAAGAUGCCCGUUUGUGGUUUGACUUCAAGGCUUGGUCUGGAGCAAACUUCAGCGGAUUGAGAGACAUGAUGGUGCAGAUACUGGGCACUGGUGCUGAAGAGCGAAAGCCGAAAACCCGAAGUAAAUUAUUUGGCUUCAGGGGCCCUGCAAGAGCUCGCACCAGUACCUCUGCCGUGCCUCUUAUCUCGUCAGGCGAUGAAGAAUUUUGCACUUUGACCAUUGGAGAGACUGCAUGGGUUGCGGGUCUUCAUCGUUGUGGCUGGACAAGGAAUGUGGAGGAGCUCUUCUAUGCAUUGAAAGAUGUAAAGACAGGCCUUGUAGAUGCCCACUCUUUGACUUGGGUCGAGCACGAAGUGCGAAAGCACAAACUCAAACAAGAGGCGAAGAGGAGGAUUGGUGCUGACCAAAAGGCAAAAGCAGCAGCACGGAAGAGCCAACAAAUGCACUUGCACAAUUUCAAAGCUUUUCUCAAGAAGCACUUUGGGCCGACCUACCACGCGUGGCGGAAGGUGCUGGAUGUUGAUGGCACCAUGAACUUGCAAAAGCCGGAGCUGUUCAAAGUUUGUCGCCAGAUUGGUUGGAAAGGAGACAGCCGACAGUUAUGGAUGGCUCUUGACAACAGUGGUAACGGUUCAGCAUCAUUGGAAGAGUUGGAUCCAAAUUGUGCUCGAAAAUUGGCAAAGUUCAAAGAUUUUGGGGAGCGCCGCUUCGGUCACAGGCCAGCAAUACCCCUUUGGAGAGCCAUAGACAAGAGGGACAAGCAACGUCUAAGCUAUGAUGUCUUUGUGAGAAGAUGUUUGGUUAUACGAUCUGGCCUCACAGAGGCUGAGCUCCAGGAAUUGGCUCACUGGCUUGAUUGGCAAGGGAAGAAGCACUUGUCCUUCAUAGACAUUGAGUUUUUAGAUCACUGGAGGCCUCCUGCUUACCUCAUCGCAGAGCCCAAUCAGGAAGCAGCGGAUCAGAUAAGGUCUUUGCUCCUUUCCAAGUAUGGACACUUUUUGAAGGCAUGGCGCACCCUUUUGGACAAGGACAGCUCCAACGUUUGCAAUUGGGACGAGUUCCAAAAUGCGAUGCGAGCCCUGAAAUUUCAUGGGGACGUGGGUGGUGCAUGGCUGGCCUUGGACAAGGACUUGAGUGGAUCGAUCACACUAGAAGAGAUCGAUAGUCUGUCCAGCCAACUGCUCAUGAACUUCAAGGAAUGGGCUGAUUCUCAGUUUGGAAGCGUCCGUGCUGCUUUCAAGGUGUUGGACAAAGACCGAUCUGGGGAGCUCAGUCUGUCGGAGUUUCGACAUGCGGUUCUCUCGAAUGGCUUCUCAUCAUCCGAUGAAGUGCGCCUGUUCAAAUGUUUGGACUGCAGUGGGCAUGGAAGGCUUUUGCAUCAUGAAGUGCACUUUCUUGAUGACUGGGAGCCUCCGCAAGCGGAAGACGACAGAGGGGAAGAAGAAGACUUUGACAUCUUUGACACCACCAGAAACUCCAGUAUUAUCAACCAGAGUGCUUGGACGGAGGGCUCUGCAGAAUCCAUGUACAGCUAUGCAACGAUAGCCCCGGGUCCUGGAGCCUAUGACCUGCUGUCCUGCUUCGGAGCUCAACCACGGGUACCCACUGCAAGGCACACAGGUGCCCACACCUUUGGUACUCGUCGAGAGACUUGGGUCAAGACAUCGAUUGAGUCCAUUGGGCCUGGAGCAUUUGAGAAGGAACCCAAAGACUCUGCAACGCAAAGGCGGCACAAGCCUGCAUGGCAGUUCACGACUUCUGCGCGGAUGAGAAGCGAGGUGAAUGACUCGCCAGGGCCAGGACACUAUCAAGCGCAUCCUGUCUUUCAGGGACCUCAGUUCUCCUUCGGCAGCCGACGUGGAUUUACUCUUCAUCCACUCCAGACGCCUCCGAUGUCAGCCAGAACAAGCGUCACGGCUGGAAAAUAUUGCUUCAGCUAG